GUACAGGAAGUGCACUCGGUAUUUCCGGUGGCUCCAUCUGAGCGAUUGAAAUAUCGACGGGAGCUCGAUAAGGGUUUGAUAUCCGCCUACCUGUCAGUGGACUCUCGGUCUUACGCUUGUUUUGAGUCCCGGGAUCGCUGCUUGGAAUCUGGACGCUCCGAUCGCAAUUAGUCGGAGAUCUGGAGUCGUGUGUGUGGAAGUCGUAGAGGCCAAUUAAAGCCAUACAACGCCAUCGCUAGCCUAGCGAGCGCUCUUAUCCGGUGGGAAUGAUGUGAAAGUCAGAAAUGAUCGUUAGAAGAUAAACCGCGAUGAUCAGAUUCUGUUCCGUUACAGUCACCGAGACAAUCGUUCAACCUGAUAGCUCGGCUUGUUUACGGUGUUUUCGCGUUAAUUUCCGUUUUCAUCGCUUAGCGACAUCAUAUUCGGCGGGCUCGACAGCUCUGGGCUUCGGUUGAAAAUAUUUAUUUUAGUCUGUUUUUUUCUCGCAUUGCUGUUGUUUGAUUAAAUGCGAAACUUACGUUUACACUUGCAUAUUUCCAUCUGUAAAUCUCUAUCUGUUUAUUUUUUAAUUUACAAUUCGAACACGUUUAGUUAGACUGCCUCGCACGGCACCAUGAAAUGAUAAACUGGUGGUCACCAAUAAAUAAAUAAACACAUUUUUUGCGCAGUUUUUGGACGUCCUCUGGGUGCCGCGAGGGUCAUGCGAGCCGCUGCUGAGCAGCUGUCAAUCACGAUUGCUCGCACGAGAUUGUAUUGAAGCGUCAUUCUACUACAGUAUUUCAGACCGACUUGUGACUCGUAGUAGCAGGUGGAUUGGCAAAGCCCGCCAUGCCCGGUCCGGUGACCAGCAAAGCACGGGUGUAUGCUGAUGCCAACACUUUGAAGAGCAAGGAAUACUGGGAUUAUGAAGCACAUGUGCCUAGCUGGAGCAACCAGGAUAACUACCAGCUCGUACGAAAGCUUGGAAGAGGCAAAUAUAGUGAAGUGUUCGAGGCCAUCAACAUUAACAGCAAUGACAGAGUAGUUGUUAAAAUACUGAAGCCUGUUAAGAAGAAGAAGAUUAAGCGUGAGAUAAAAAUUCUGGAGAACUUACGGGGAGGAACCAACAUCAUUCGUCUUGUAGACACAGUGAAGGACCCUGUGUCUAGAACACCCGCUCUUGUGUUCGAGUACAUCAACAACACUGAUUUCAAGGACCUCUACCAGAGACUGACGGAUUUUGAUAUCCGAUUUUAUUUGUAUGAACUUCUAAAGGCUCUGGACUACUCUCACAGCAUGGGCAUCAUGCAUCGGGAUGUCAAACCUCAUAAUGUCAUGAUAGAUCACCAAAUGAGAAAGUUGCGUCUCAUAGAUUGGGGUCUUGCAGAGUUUUACCAUCCUGCCCAGGAAUACAACGUAAGGGUUGCCUCAAGAUCAUAUAAGGGACCAGAGUUGCUGGUUGACUAUCAGAUGUAUGAUUACAGUCUAGACAUGUGGAGCUUAGGCUGCAUGUUGGCCAGUAUGAUCUUCCAGAAAGAGCCCUUUUUCCAUGGUCAAGACAACUAUGACCAGCUCGUCAGAAUUGCGAAAGUUCUCGGAACAGAAGAGCUCUUCAGCUACCUGAACAAGUAUCACAUUGAGCUGGACACACGCUUCAAAGAUCUGCUCGGCCAGCAGGCACGAAAGCGCUGGGAGAACUUUGUUCAGCCAGAGAAUCAGCACUUGGUGAGUCCAGAGGCUUUGGACAUGCUGGAUAAACUCCUGCGCUACGAUCAUCAACAGAGAUUGACCGCCCAAGAGGCCAUGGAGCACCCUUACUUCUAUCCUGUGCUGAAGGGGCAGCCUCUGUCAAACUCUGAAGGUGCUCUGGCAAUAAGCAGCUCAACCACAACAUGAUGAGCUAAAAGCAGGAAAACCUUUUUACCUCGACAUGUCGUGCAGAGACAUGCUGCCUUUCAGGUGUGAAGCUUCAGUUUGCUGAAGCAUGAUGUUAUUAAGCAACACGAGACAUGUACAGAAUGAACACAAUGGGCGUCGGUCCUUCCCCUAUUCACUUUGUAUUAGUGCUGCUUGCCACUGUUACCUAGGUACCAAACUGGUGUUCUGUUUUCUUCCUCUCCCAUCUGCCCUCUUUUGAGAACAACUCAAUGUUUCCUUUUUUGGAUCCACACUGAAUUAAACUAUGAUAUAUGACUGGGAAAGAAUGCCUGCUCUUUCCUCAUGACUCUCAGGCUAUAGAUGACUGACGGGGGCUCAGCAUCCUGGUUGCAUUAUGUACUGGAAGAUUGUGUUGUUCAGUGACCUGCCCUGCUGAUAUGAGCUAAGAUUAUAAACUAUAGUAUUGUCAGGUAUGGACGCUUUAUUGCAAUUUAUUGAGAAUUAAGAUAUAUUAAAAGA